AUUAUUAUCAGAUCUUUCCGCUAUUCUGACAUACACGUUUUAAACACACAUAACAUAUAUAUGCAUAUAUAUCUAUAAGUGUAUACAAUACAUGUAAAAGUUCAAACGGUUCAAACCUUAGAUAUAUCUCUGGUCUGCCACGUUUUUUGUACUCCAAAAACUACUGUUAUAUAUAUCAUAUUUAUAUAAUAUACAUAAUUAAAAAAUUCUAUUAUUUAAUCUUGAUUAAUUUAAUAGUUUACUUAAAAACUUUAAUAAAACAUAUAAAUAGUUAAGUUGUGAUAAAUAAUUAUCAGAAAUAAUAAAUAGAAGAUUUUUGCAAGAUCAUAAAAAAUUAAACCAACAUGUCACUUACUGAGAGAUUUGAAAAAGCUGCUGAAGAAAUAAAAGAAUUGGCAACUACACCAUCCAACGAAGACUUGUUGGAGAUUUAUGCUUUUUAUAAACAAGCUACUGUCGGAGAUUGUAAUACUGAGAAACCAGGUUUCUUUGAUUUCAAAGGUAAAUCAAAAUGGGAAGCUUGGAACUCAAAAAAAGGAAUGAGUCAAGACGAAGCUAAAGAAAAGUACAUCAGCAAAGUAGCCGAGUUGAUUGAAUCUAUUGGGAAAAAGUGAUUUUAAUUAUUUAAUUAUAAUGUUAUCAUUAUAAUUAAACUAAACAAUCACGACCAACAUCUAGAAUCUCAAUAGAAUCACCAAGGAAUUACGCGCAAAUAUAUAUUGCAUAAAAUAAUUUAUAAUAAAUUAUAAAUGUGCUAUUACAAUUAUAAAAAAAAAAUCUACUUUUACAUCACUCUAAUUAGUUUAAUGUGCAAUUAUUAAAAAAUAUAUAAAUAUAUAUAUAAUAUAUAUCAAUUGUUUUGUUAUCUUAUCACAAUUAGCUUGAUUAUUUUUGUAACAAUUUUACAGUCUCGCCUAGCUUUUUUAAAGGAAUUGAUGGAUGUAUAAUAAAUAAAUCAACCAUAAUUAUAU